GCUAUAAUUAUAGUCCUGUAUUAAGUAUUUUUUAACCCCCAUCCCAUCCCAUCCCUACACCGAGAUCAGACGAACCGUCUGACUUGUCUGGAGUUGGACUAACCACCACCCGAUUCUCUCGUUUCUUUUCCACCCCCUGCCGCUCUAUCAUCAGUCUUUUCUUCCCUCGAUCAUCUUCAGCCUCCGCGGCAUUGCCUUGAAUAUACUUGCAUUCCCACUCCCCCCAACUACUACUCCUCCUAUAUCCUCUUACCCCGGAGUAUCUAUUUACUAUCGUUUCCGCCUAGUCCUAUCCCACCCUCAACCUGUUCCUAGUAUACAACCCACCACAUUCGAAAGAAUAUGUUGACCUCCUCGUCAACCGACUCCUCUCGCUCCUCCUUCUCCGGCAGCCCCGUCUCGCAACACCCUCCUCACCAUCAAGUAUGGUUUCCUCCUGCUCCCCGCCGCCGUCCGGAACACUACAAGAUCCCCCGCUACUACUCGACCCCCGUGAGGGAAGAUGUCCCGGACUCGACCCCUCUGCAAAUGUACGGCUUGGAGGAGCGCGCGCCAUCCAUUGCUGAGAAGCCAAAGCUCCUGCGUCGCUUUUCCCACGCCCUCGACGACAUCAAGGAAGACUUGACCCUCCAGCCCAGCAGCGAGAAGAUUCGGAGCAAGCGUCGCCAGUCCAUCUUCGGGAUAGAUGAAAUCCCGGGAUCGAGCGGUUCGAUCUCCUCGCCUUCUAUGGAUGUGCCUGUUGCGGCCGAACCACGGCCCCCGAGGUCCCGUCCCCUCUCGAUACUCGCCUCCGAGCCCUCCAGGAGGCUAAGUCGGCGGUUUUCCAUUUUCGGAUCGAAACGGUCAAAGAAGUUGACACCGGGUCAGGCCGGGAGUAUCUCGCAGCCCAAUUUGAUCGGGGCAUCGACUCAGAUAUAAUCUCAUCAUCGACUCUCGAAAUUGCAUCAUUGUCACCAUCGCUAUCGCCAUUAUCCUAAUUGAUCGACACGACGAGGGUUAAUACACAUAGACGCCGACAGCCGCCCCCCGCACAUACAUCACCACAAGUACCAACAUAACCGACCCAUCCCAACCCAAGCAUGCAACCCACGAACCCAAACCGCAUCUUUAUAAUCGGAGUUCAGCACGGCGCGGCGAGCAUCAUUCG